AUGUCGCCAGCUACGCUUCUCUGUUUCUUUUUGCAGGCCUUCGCUGCACUUGCUCAGAGUCCUCAGAUGCCGACGGUCACCACCGAGGGUGGCCAUAUGGCGUCAGUGAAGCACGAGAACUCGAUGUCGAAUGGCGGCGCCAUUGAGAUCUCCAUCCUCGAACCCAACGGCAAUACGAAAUGGACAACUGGCGCCAAUGAGAAGGUCUCCUGGUCUGGGAGUAAUCCAAAGACCAUCAGCGUCGUACUCAAACACAACAGCACUGCCAUCCACUCAAAGCCGACUGUGCUGGCCAACAAAGUCUCCUCUUCGUCUAACGAGGCGGCUGUCAACAUCAACGACGUCAAGCCCGCCAAGGAUUACUACAUCGAGGUCUUUGAAGGCGACAACACCGAAGGAAAACCGAUCGCCACGUCGAGCGCAUUCGAAAUUAUUGCUAAGCCAUCGACACUUAGCAGCGAUGAAGCACACAUCAUGCCCGUACCUUCCACCAACACGACUUCCUACAAUGGCAAGCCUCGCGAAGGUACCACGUUGAACCCGACUAUGUCGCAUGCAGAGGCACAGCCGCAGAACGGAAACACCGAAGAUGGGAACACAAUCUCGACCUUCAACACCGUUGGCAGGACGGCCAAUUCGACUGCGCCCGUUCUACCGAUUCACAAAUCCUCGUCGGCACGCACGCCCACGGCCAACCAGGUCAUCUUGCACGUCGCUACCGUCGUUGCUCUCGUGACGCUCACUUUUGUUCUGUAG